CAAAGCACAGACGUGCUGGCCGAGCCUGCUCCUGCGCUGCGCGCACGUGGUCGCGGUGCCCCGUGCCCGGUGUGGCGCGCGCUCCCUGGUCCCAGACGGGCGAUCAGAUUGGGAAGGAGCCGAGCCCAGGGCAGUCCGCGCCGGCCCCGCAGGAGCCACCGAAGAUGCCCCACAGCAGCCUGCACGCCGCGGCCGUCCUCCUGCUCUUGAUCUUAAAGGAACAGCUUUCCAGCACAGCCCCACUCAACGGGUUCGACUGGACCUAUAUUGGUCCUGCCGGGGAGAAGAGCUGGCCCAAGAGCUACCCGUCUUGUGGGGGCCUGAUGCAGUCCCCGAUAGACCUGCACAGUGACAUCCUCCAGUACGAUGCCAGCCUGGUGCCCCUUGAGUUCCAGGGCUAUAACGUGUCUGCCAAUGAGCAAUUGACCCUGACCAACAACGGCCACUCUGUGAAGCUGAAGCUGCCCCCGGGCAUGCAUAUCCAGGGCCUGCCAUCCCGCUACAGCGCCACCCAGCUGCACCUGCACUGGGGGGACCAGAAUGACCCCCACGGCUCCGAGCACACUGUUGGUGGGAAGCACUUCGCUGCCGAGCUGCACAUUGUCCAUUAUAACUCGGACCUGUACCCCAACGCCAGCAUCGCCAGUAACGAGUCAGACGGCCUCGCUGUCCUAGCUGUUCUCAUCGAGGUGGGCUCCUUCAGUCCUUCCUACGACAAGAUCUUCAGUCACCUUCAGCACGUCAAGUACAGAGGCCAAGAAGCGCACAUUCCCGGCUUCAGCAUUGAAGAGCUGCUGCCCGAGAGGCCGGCCGAGUACUACCGCUACAGAGGGUCCCUGACCACGCCGCCCUGCAGCCCCACGGUGCUCUGGACGGUGUUCCGGAACCCCGUGCACAUUUCCCAGGAGCAGCUGCUGGCUCUGGAGACAGCUCUGUACUGCACACAUGAGAACGACCCAUCCCCCAGGGGAAUGGUCAACAACUUCCGGCGGGUGCAGAAGUUUGAUGAGCGGCUGGUGUACAUCUCCUUCCAACAAGAGCGAGACCUCACCUACACAGGACUGAGCCUGGGAAUCAUCCUUUCGGUGGUCCUGGCUUGCACUCUUGGCUUCUGCAUCGUCCUGGCAGUAUUCAUCUGGCUUUUCAGAAGGAAGAAGAGCAGCAAGAAGGGUGGCAGCAAUAAAGGCGUCAUUUACAAACCGGCCCUCAGGAAGGAGGCGGAGGCCCACGCCUGAGGUCCUGGCGCCGCAGGCGCCGAGGGAGGACUUCGCUUUGGAUGCUUUUAGGCAAAACAGUGAAGGAUGGCUUUCAUCACGGCGGCUCCCUGGACGCUUGCACUACCCGAAGGUUCUAUGCGCCUCACCCCCAAACACCCCAGACCCGUGGGGGCCUCUAGCUGGGUGCCCCCCACCCUGACGCUCGGCCUCUCCCCGGGCGAUCGUGGGUGGGAGAGCUCGCCCAGGAGCAGGAACUCGGAGCUGUGUGCUUCAUCUGUGUGAGACCGGAAGAGGUCUGACUCUGGGGACACACCCCACGCCGCCCGUGGGGCUGUGAUAACUGAACGUCCCUCUUCUCCAGGGCUUCACUCAGGUGUGGUUUCGAAAGUCCCGGAAGGUCAGCUCCUUGUCCAAGAUUUCACACCAGCGUGUGCGCCUGUGGGCCCUCUACUUCUCUGUGCUUUGGAGACUCACGUCUUGCCUCAGGGAAGCCGGUGUUGUCUUCCUCUGGUCCUCCUGCGGUGACAGGACUUUUAGUCUGACCUUGCCACCCGGGCAGUGGGGGCGGGGGGGGGGGUGGAGCACAGGCACAGGGUCAAGGUGCCUGAGACAAAAGGAGGGGGAUAUUCUUUGAAAGAUGGAAGAGGCAUCUUCCCAGUCCUGUCCUUGGGGUCAGACACGCUGCCUAGACUGCAGAGAGCGUGGGAGACACGGUCUGAGGAACCUUAGAAGCUGUGAGUGUGAGGAGGUCAGACUGGGAAGCCCGAGCCCGCCCGCCCGCCCGCCCGCAGGGCAGUGAGGGUUUAUGCUCCGUAGCGUUUAUCAGUAAUUGGCCCAGCCCUGAAAAUGUGCGGUUGCUUUCUCUCUCCUGGCGCGGACGUGCGCUCUGAGAACCUAGGAAACAGGCAGAAGCAAAGUGGUUGAUGAGCUUUGUCCCUUUGGCCUAAAUUUCAUUUCUGCCUCCUUCGUGGGAUUGGGACUUGGCGACUUCUCUGACCCUCAGGAUGGAGCCACAGCUUAGUUAAAAGAUAUUUCAAGGUGUGACAGCAGGGAGUUCUCUGUGCUGGGCUGGCAGCAUGGGAUGCAGGGACCAAACCAAAGGAAUGUUCCAAAGAUCCCUCAUGGUCUUCCCCCCAAGUCCCAAAGGCAGUUCCUGAGGAGACAACUCCUUCCCUGUCCCCUCCGAUGCCAGAGCCCAGGAGCCCAGGGAGUCCCAGGCCCGAGGAGGGGCCCCACCGCAGCCUCUCAGGUCAGCACCUCCCAGUUCACAGAACCCGCUGGUCCCCAGCCUCAUCUGACAGCAUGGAAUGUCCUCCUGAAGCACGGGUCCCUUUCUGUCCUCCUCCCCUCCUGCUCUCCCUCUGACUCUCACAGGUCUUCGCCACUCUCUGCUCUCACGACUUCCCUGGUGACGCCAGCCUGUGCCUGUGGCUCCUGUGCCUGGCGGAGUUACAAAUGAGCCCGCGGCGCCUGGGAGACGUGGGUGCUCGCGAGGCCUCUGGCAGGGCUGGGGCCUGGGGCGGCCUCCCAUGCUGCCGCCAGCGCACCUGAUGCUGGUCAGGUGGCAGCAGGGACAGCCCAGUGACCAGCGACGGGAACGAGGCAAAGCUUUCUUGGCCUCGGCCCAACGUGGCCCAUCAGACACCAACAGCAGCC